CAGAGAGCCGCCGGUGGGUAUGCCCGCCAAGUCGCUGAGUCCAGACGCGGACGUGGCCACGUCGCCAAAGGAGACCAUCACCCAAGUCUACGUGUGCAAGUUCCCUUCCUGCAGCCGCUCCUACGUCUCCACGGACGGCGUGCGAAAGCACUGCAGGAAGCACCACCCGGCGUGGCUCGCCGCGCUCGACGAGCAGGCCAAGGAGGGCCGCACGCACAACCGCUCCGAGCUCUACUGCGUCGCGCGGCCGCUCACGCGCGAAGAGGCCGAGACGUUUGCGCGCGAGGAGCCUCGCAAGCGGCAGCGCACGGCGCCGGAGGAGGUGAACCGGGGCGCGUCGGACGAGACCGCGGUCGACUCUCCGCUGCUCAGCACCGCCGACGUGCCUCAGCACGCCUACAGUACGCCGCAGCACGGUCCCGCUGCAGAGUCGCCGCGGGGCGAGUACGUCUUUGCCGAGCACCAGCCGUGGGCGAUAGCGGUGCAGAUGCCGCCGCUGCGGCUGGAGGACCCGCUGCUCGCGCACCACGACUCGCCCGUCACCUUCAACUUCAACGAGGCGAUGCCGCCUCCGAAGCGAGGGGCGUCGCUCGCCUUUGGCCUGCACUCGGUCCUCUCCCUCGACCCCGUCGGCCCCAACCCGUACGACGCCGAGGAGCUCGCCUGUGUCGAGGCGGAGAGGAUCGCAAACGAGACGGUGCCUGUCGAGGCGGAGGCCUUCUGCGCCUCCCUCUUCGUGUGAGGUGCUGGACUGCACGCGCCUGUGCCGGACGCUUAGCUCCUCCGCCGCCGCUCCGCGAUCCUGUCUUCUUCCCUCCCCCCGCACGAAGGCCUCCAGGCGCCGGCACCGAGGUCUCCUCUCCUGCCGCCUCCUGCCCCCCUUCGGCGUCGGCCGUGACCUCCCCUGUGGCUCCCCUCUCCCUCGCCCACCCCCGGGCCCAGCACCCACGCCCCGACUUGUCUCGCCCCCUCCCCGCACCCCUUUCAGGGCGCCUGUACACACACCCGAAGCAUUGUCUCUCCCGCCCUGUGACACACUUCGACUUAUAAUUAUACCCUCGCGUCUAUGCCCCCUCCCCCGCAUACCCCUCUGUACAGACUCUGUGUUUAGUGACACUUCCAUGCCCCCGAUGUUUGCGCGUCUGACUACAUCAGAAAAUAAUUAAUUGC